AAAGAGUGCGGUAUUUAACAAUUCAGUAUUUUUAUUGAUGGUUUUGUUUGUUUUAUUAAACAGUCUGUUUUGUUCACGUGCAAGUUCAGAUUGUGGACCUUUUUAGUUCAACGUGACAAAAUAGAAACAGUAAUGAUUUUGAAAUUACUAUUAGAAGAAACGAACAAAUACUAUGUAGUUCCUUUGUUUUCUCCUUUUUCUUUUAUCGUUUUGAGGAUAGAUUUGAAAAAUUAGAUCAUAAGAAAAAAGAAAAUAGAGCAAAUCAGCAGACCAAGCGAGAUAAUUCAGAAAUCUCUACACAAAUCUUCUCGAAGCAAAACGAUUAUACUAUAGUUUAUCAAUACAGCUCCAGAUUCUUCUGGCACCCCGAGUUCCAUUCGCCAACCCAUACAUUAAUCCAGCACAUUUCACACGCACAGACAGCUACGGCGGCAAACGGCGGAACCAGUCAUCCCCGCUAUUAACUGUUUUAUAUCGGCGCCGGCGUUAGCGUUGACGAGCAAGAUAAAGAGAGAUUAAUGGAAGCGUGCAUAUACGCAGUCAAGCCAAAACCUGGCGUUGGCCUUCAUAGCCGUCGGCUUUUUCCAGGCAAGGGCGAUUUAAGGAAGCAAGGCUUAGCAUUUUCGAGCACCAAACUUCGGAUGGAGAAGAAGCAUAACUGUCUGGGUCUCAGCUUUGAUUUGACUUCAAUGGGAAGUUUUGGGGGUAGUUUUCGAAGUUUGUCUGGAUCGUCGGCCAAGGCCAGAUCAGUCCGAGCUCAAGGUUAUUCUGGAGAUAUUGAAGAUGUUUCACCAACCAAAAUCCAAGUGAAGUCAUCUGGAUCUGUAUUGCCAUAUGUCGGUGUUGCUUGUCUAGGAGCUAUCCUUUUUGGGUAUCAUCUAGGAGUUGUUAAUGGAGCUCUGGAGUACCUCUCUAAGGAUCUUGGGAUCACAGAGAAUACUGUGUUACAAGGCAAGUCUUACGCCACAGCUCAAAGCAUAGAAACAAUGAUAGUUGGACGGUUACUCGCUGGUAUCGGGAUUGGCAUCUCCUCUGCUAUUGUGCCACUUUACAUAUCUGAGAUCUCACCUACUGAAAUUCGUGGCACACUUGGAUCUGUCAACCAGCUAUUCAUAUGUAUUGGAAUCCUUGCAGCAUUAGUAGCUGGUUUGCCUUUGGCAGGGAAUCCAUUGUGGUGGAGGACAAUGUUUGGUGUUGCAGUUAUUCCGUCGGUGUUACUGGCACUUGGAAUGGCAUUUUCUCCUGAAAGUCCACGCUGGCUUUAUCAGCAAGGAAGAAUAUCUGAAGCUGAAGUAUCAAUUAAAAGGCUAUUUGGAAAAGAAAGGGUUUCUGAGAUUAUGAGUGAUUUGGAUGCAGCAGCUCAAGGUUCUUCUGAACCAGAAGCUGGGUGGUUUGAUCUUUUCAGCAGCCGUUACUGGAAAGUUGUCAGUGUAGGUGCAGCUCUCUUCUUGUUUCAGCAGCUUGCUGGUAUAAAUGCUGUUGUGUACUAUUCGACCUCCGUUUUCCGAAGUGCUGGAAUUACAUCUGAUGUUGCUGCCAGUGCUCUGGUUGGGGCAUCAAAUGUUUUUGGAACAACUAUUGCAUCCUCAUUGAUGGAUAAACGAGGACGGAAAAGUCUUCUGCUCACAAGCUUUGCUGGAAUGGCUGCAUCUAUGCUGCUGCUUUCUUUGAGUUUUACUUGGAAGGUCUUGGCACCAUAUUCAGGCACCCUUGCUGUUCUUGGGACUGUUCUCUAUGUACUAUCGUUUUCUCUUGGCGCUGGUCCUGUACCUGCGCUUCUACUUCCAGAGAUUUUUGCCUCUAGAAUCAGAGCAAAAGCAGUGGCCUUAUCUUUAGGCAUGCAUUGGAUAUCCAACUUCGUAAUAGGUCUUUACUUUUUGAGUGUUGUAAAUAAGUUUGGCAUCAGUACAGUGUACCUGGGGUUUGCUUCUGUGUGUCUGCUGGCAGUUAUGUACAUAGUUGGUAACGUAGUCGAAACAAAGGGGCGAUCACUGGAGGAGAUUGAACGUGCUUUGAACCCGGCUAUUUGAGAUGAUGUUAGUUACGGUGAUUUUAUGAGAAAUACUGUCUUGCAGGUCAUCUUGUUAGUGGGGUUGAGGCUUGUUCAGACAACGUGACAUAUGAGUGUUGACACAAACUCUGAUGUACAUCGGAUAAUUCUAAUAAUUGCUAGUUGGUCUUUGAUUGUGCAUGAAUUUCCAUAAUGCCGCCCUUUACUUGAAACCUGUCGUAUAACUGCAAUUGUCGUAAUAGCCCCCAGCUAAAAAUUGUUCAUGGUCUCUAAUUGAAAGUGUGAUUCAGGAUGACAAUUAGGGUAUCCAUCCGUUCAAGUUAUUUCUAGAUUGAUAUUAUAU